AUGGCACUAGACUCUAUGAACAACAUGGUGAGGGCCUUUGAGGCGAAGGGCAUGUCAGAGGUGCAGGUGCUCGUGAAGUGCAGCGCCACCUUGCAAGCCGGCGCCAACGGCACCUGGCGAGAGCGGCAGCGGUUCUCCCGAGCGCAGAAGCGCAGGGCCCAGUUGCAGGAGGAGCGCGCCAGGGCACAGGCACUGAGUGAGCAGCAAGCUGAGCAGGAGAAGGCCGAGGAGGCUCUUCAGGAGAAGGAGGAGGGCAAGGACCUGGAGCCGAAGCCGAAGCGGAAGCUGAAGCCUAUCUUCUUCGACGAGGUAAAGCCGGAGGAGGACCGUUUUUGGACGCUUCCCCGAUUCUCCGGAACUGUUUGA